CGACAGGAAAGAGGGAUCCUUCGAAAGAUAAACUAUGGGUAAAAACAUGGGAACUUACCAACGAUGACGUCACUUACAAUGCACUUGAGACCACCUUGUAUCAUCAAGCCCAAAGCAUUUCCACGGCCAUAGCCGACACAGUUUACCAACAGCUUAUAUCACAUCCAGACCAUACGCCUUUUAUUGCUUACAUUGGCGGGAAGGUUAGGCUGGUAGAACGUAAUCAUGUGUGGCUAGCACCGGACGCAAUUCAUUAUCAGGCCGGCAUUGAUAAUAUUCCUUGCCUUGAUAUGGAAUUUGCUAUCAAAAUUGACAAUGACUUUACGAAUGUCAUCACUGAAUUGAACUACAUUAUUAACAGAAUUAAUGAUUAUCAACAACAAGGGAAAUUUCCCGUUAACUUAUCCGCCGAAUUCCGGAUUUUGAAAAGUUCAAAGGCUCUCCUGUCAAACGCAUAUGAUGAUGAUCCUGACGCCUAUUAUCUCUUCAUUGAGAUUCUUUCUAUUACGGGGACGCCAGACUAUAAUGAGUUUGCUAACGAGCUUGGUACGCGGUGGAUGAAAUUAUACAAUGCAAGACCUCAUUGGGCCAAAUCCUGGGAAAAUGUUUCAAACAUUAAAAGCUACCUUCAUGAACAGCUGCAAAGUAAAAUCCAAAGAUUUGAGGCGGUUCGCAAAAAGUAUGAUCCAACAAAC